AUGUCUUCUGUUGCUCCCCCGUCAGAAAAGGCCCCUCGUGGGCGAGAACUGGAUCUUAUCGACAAGGUGGCUGUGAUCACCGGUGCAUCCCGUGGAAUCGGGCGCGCAAUAGCCUUCAACCUUGCAUCUCGUGGAUGUUCCAUUCUCGGGACAUGCACUUCUAAUGCAGGUGUGGCAGCCAUUUCGUCAACUCUCAACGACGAAGUUACCAGAAGCGUCUUUGAAGCCACCUCGCGAACAAGGCCGAAGAAGCAGACGAUCAAGGGGCUAGUCGCCGAUAUUUUUUCCCAUGACUGCGCUGGUAUUAUUGCUGAGGAGAUAGGCGACACUUUCAAUGGUCGCAUCGAUAUUUUUGUCAAUAGUGCAAGCGAUCCUAUGCCAGGCGUCAUCGGCGAGAUGGGGACCGAAGAAAUCCAACGUAGCCUAUUGGGCAAUGUGCAGACUCCAGUCCUUAUUGUCGAGGAGUUGGUUCGCCGGCGCUUCUUCCAGCCAAACAGUCGCAUUAUUUACAUUUCCUCUAUUCGCUCACGUCAGCCAUGGCAUAUGCAACUCAUGUAUGCCGCCGGUAAAUCGGCCGGCGAGUCGCUCUGUCGAACCUGGGCUCAUGCUUUCGGUGGCAAAGAAGAGAGGUAUUAUUUCAUGACGGGUACCACGGCCAACGCAGUUACGGUCGGCUUGACCGAGACAGAAGCUGUGGUCAACUGCGGUCCAGAAGCAGUCAAAGAAUUUCAGGACGAGUUCUUUCCCUUGCAGAGCAUACCACGAUUCGGACAAUCUAAUGAUGUAGCGGAUGUGGUGGGACUCCUUUGUGGCGAGGAUGCAAGAUGGAUUACUGGUUCUGUAGUGAGUGCCAGUGGAGGUGGUAUCAAAAUUGGAUAG